AUGCGUCAUCGACCCAGAGAUUGGGAUAGAGCUCCGUUGGAUUGUCCGUUGCAGAGAUACUUUUGUGAUCAGAUGAGCUCCACACAAGGAAACAUAUUCACCCGCGGUCUAUCGCGAAUCUCCAGACGCAAAAAGAAGACGAAAAGUAUACAAAACUCGCUGGUCUCUCAACAACAACCGUCGUUCGAUGCGGCUGUUGUUCCAAUGCCACUGCCGAAUGAGAAAAGCACAAUCUUCUCAAAAGGGAUGGACCGACUGCGCCGCUCGUUGCGGCUGCCGAAGAAGCGACGAGACCGCAGUCAUGACAGACAUUUAAGCCCAGAUGUAACGGGCGGUUCGAAAACCGAACAAUGGCAACCGGACGAAGGGGCGGUCCGUUCCGGCACAUGUUGCUUCAACGUGAAGUAUCUGGGCGCUGUUGAAGUAUACGAGUCACGUGGAAUGACAGUGUGUGAAGGAGCGUUGAAAUCAUUGAAAGCGACGAGGAGGAAACCGGUGAAAGCGGUUUUAUAUGUGUCUGGCGAUGGAUUGCGAGUUGUGGAUCAAGGGAAUAGUCGGGGGCUUUUGGUGGAUCAAACCAUUGAAAAAGUCUCGUUCUGUGCACCGGAUCGACAAACCGAAAAGGGAUUCGCGUACAUUUGUAGAGACGGAGCAUCCCGAAGGUGGAUGUGUCAUGGAUUCCUGGCUACGAAGGAAACCGGGGAGCGGCUCUCUCACGCAGUCGGAUGCGCCUUUUCAAUCUGUUUGGAAAAGAAAAAGAAACGAGAUGAGGAGUCGACGGGUGCGGCGGCGCCAACGCAACCAGAAUCCACUCCAAAAGCCACGUCAUCCGACGUCUUCCACCCGAAUUGGGGAGAUGCAUCCGGUGGAAUCGAAGGUCCCUCGUCGUCACUGAAUUCUGGAAAUUCUGGAGGUGUCACGUCUUCCGCAGCCGCCGCUGCCGCCACCGGUCAACGUGCCAACCUAGCCUACCAAUCAUUCCGAAAACAUGUAUCAAUUGAGGAUCGUUAUUUGGACCCUCAAUCGGUUAUCAUUAAUGAAGUGCCCGCUUCCAAUCAUAUGGAUGAGAUUAGAAGGAUAUCCAAGCCAAGGCCUAGUGGGAAUCCAGCGCUUUUUCAGAGACAGGGCUCCCUUCGUGCUCCUGACAUGCCCUCCUCCGCAGAUCAAUUCAAACGGAAUCUGUCGUUGAGAACGCCAGCGACUGGUGGCUCAGAGCAGCGAGUUAUAGAGAAAAAGGUAGAAAACACUUUUUGUCGUCUUCAAGUCUCUCCAGAAUCCAUCGAUUCCAUUUGA